AUGGGGUCGAACGUUGUACUCACGAUCUUGCGGGUGUUGGUUGUGGUAAUUGCGUUGGGUGUUGUGGGCGUGGGCGUCUGGGCGAGGUUCCUUAUCCAGGACAUCCAAAAUCGCGGCUUCACCAUCCUGGACGUCGCGAACCUCGAGUCGCAAAACGAAGAUGCGGCAUGGCGCGCCUUCAUGCGCACCGCAAUCGACGCCCACCUCCGCAUCUUGAUCGCCAUUGCUGCUGGCGCCUUCUCAAGCCUCGCCACCAUCCUCAUCACCCUCUCCACCACACUCCCCCGCCUCCGCCUCCCAACCCCCUUUCUUCUCCCCAUCGAGCUCCUCUCCUCCCUCAGCCUCGGCACCGCAUUCGCCGCCACCCUCUCCCUGGCACUGAAAUUCCCCGUCACACUAUCAAACUCGCACUCCUCAUCCGACCUCGCCGCCUUCGCCAUGCUCCUGCCCCUCACCCGGGGCUACGCCAUCGGCGCAGGCACAGGCAUGUUUCUCUCGCUCACGACCACGAUUUCGUUCCUCAUACAGACGAUCCAUCGGAUCAGGGAUAGCAAGGCGUGCAGCUUUGAGCCGACGGCGAGCGGGCUGGGGAUGGGGCAUGAGUACCAGGUGCCUGCGAUGGAGGGGAGUGGAGCGCAGGGCAGGGAUGAGGAGAAGGGGCUGGUGGGAGCGGGCGCGGAGAUGGGGAGGAGGGAGAGCGUGCAGAGUGGGAGCGGAACUGAGACGGGGACGGGAAAGCGCGAGGAGGUGAGCUGGCCGUUGGCGGUGGCCAAGAAAUUGGAGAACGCGAAUAUUAGGCCGCAUCGGCCGUGGAGCGAGAUGCCGAAGAAGUAAGGGGAAGGCCUGCCGUAGCAGCUAGUGAAAAGUGACGGUGCAUUCUAGGGUGAAGAAGGGUGCGCUUGGGAAGGAUGUCUCGAAGAGCGUCUGUUGAGGUGUUUCCUCUGAUGUAUAUGGACAGCAUAUAAGUGGGGUUGGCACAUCCAAAGCUUGAUAAAUCG